CAGUUAGUUUGUCUAUGGUUAAAUAAUUGAUUUCAUCAAAUUGUCUGCUGGUAUUUCGUAAACAAAAAGAAAGAUAACAAACAUCACGUAUUUGUACUUAUGAUUAAAUUUUAAAUGACGUAGUAUUCUUAAAUCCUGUGAACUGAUGGUGGAAUAUUCAAGGUGUAUUUAUUGUGUUUCGAAUUGACUGAUACCAUGGUCAAAUUUUUUGUUUGACUUUGAUUGAACAAAGGUGAUUAUUAUUCAAGAUGACUGAUUCAAGUUCAUUUACGUCUCUUUUCGCUUUGGUGGACAGUCACUUAUCAAAAUGUAAUUUAAACGACACGCAUAGUGAGGAUGGUCGUGUCGGAAAUUUACCAAUGCCCAUGCUAAACUUUCCUAGAGGGCUGUCCGAUACUAAACUCAUCAACCCGCCUCCAAGAUUACCUAUCCCGACAUUCAGUACGAGCGAGAGCCCUAUCGCCAAUGUCCUCUCUGAACAGUUGUCUAAUAUGUUCAAAGCCAAAGAACUUAAAAAGCAACAAGAACUUGAACAAGAGAAACUGCAAGAAGAGAUGAGACGGAUGGCUCUUGAAGAGAAGAACUGUGUGAUAGACCUAAUGAAAGCUAUACAGAAACCACAGCUACCCGAUCUAAAAACAAAAGAACCCAGCAGCCUCAACAGUUCCUUUGAAUCACUGGUCCUUGAUAAUAAAGAGUUUGUUACUGUUCUAUCAAGACGAACAUCUGAAGUUGGUUUACCAAUCCCGGAGCCGGAGCCUCUACUGCCAAUAAAGACAGAUAUGUCUUACAUACUCAAACAAAAGAUCAAGAGAGGAAAGUGCUCAGCAUUUGGUAAAGUGCUGACUUCACGAUUACGUCCCGUCGCUGCACCAUACCUGAGAGAGAAGGUUCCCACAAACAUUGUAAGAUUUGACUUCAGCACCAAGUCUCCGUGUGAUCUGAUUAAGGAGAAACUGAAGAGGAAGCCAGUUCACACAACUAGUAAUAGUUAUGACUUUUUUUGAUUAAUGGGUGUUGCUAUUGAUGACGAUGAGUCUGAUCAAUAGCAACAUUAAAACAAUGUUUUUAUGUUGGAUUUACUUGCAUCAAUAGCGCAUCUCAUUAUUUUAGAAUAGAGUGUUUUACGCAUUUAUAAAAGUAUUUUGUAUUAGCCUCUUGAUAUAGUCAUUGGAUUUCAGUUCACUUUUUAAAAUCACUUCAAGUGUUGUUGUGUAUUAAAACCUGCUGGUAAUGUAGGCAUAGGGUUGACAAUGAUUAUAGAUAAUCAACUAUUUUCUAUCCGUAUCCUUUACUUAGGGUAUUCUCAACUUAAAAUUUAACUAAUAAACUGUAGACUGUAGAUAGUACAUAAAAUGUACACUAGUAACUUAGUAUUAAAAUGAUUCUAUCUGAUCUAUUUUGUAAUAAUAAUGUACAUAGAAACAAACACACACUUGAAUGUUAUCUUUGUAAAUGUUACUUCUUUUACCUCUUUCCCAAAGGUAUGCAGUACGCAGAUGUGCAUGUUAUGGCAGUAAUGCCACUGUACAAUGUACACCCUCAUUUCACCAUUUGUGUUAUGAGUCCCAUAUAAUAGGGGGUGAGCCUAUUGUGAUAUACUGGGCACAAUUCCAGACUCCGUGCUAAUGAGACUAAGAAACUGGGCUUUUUUUCGGUUUUCGAAAAAAGCCCAGUUCCCAUCUCCCCUUACCCUUACCUGGAAAUAUGAGACCCUACUCGAGCAACAAGUUAAAUGUAUAAAUAUUUACCAAAUUUGAACAAAUGUGACUGAUGUAAUUUGAUGUUGAGUAAUUAAUAUAAAUUAUACUAGUUAAUAACUAGUUCAUUAAUAUAAAUUAAACUAUUGUAACUAGUACUACUUUUUAAAUGACUUUAAUAUUGUAGUGAGGCAUUAAUAUAAAAUUUAAAUGUGUAUUGAUAUCUUGAUCGUAGUAACUGAGUAAGAAUAUAUGUAACUUUGAACUAAUUCAAUAUUUUAGGGGUUUAUUGUUUAAUUAGUAUUUCUGUGGUUAUUAUUACAAUGUAUUAUGGCAUUAAACUAGAUUUGUAUUGUAUUCAGAUAAAGUAAAUAAAAUUUGAUUCAAUUGAGUGUAACUACUACUGAUAAACUUGGCUGUUUAUGUGUUCUAAUGAAUGGAAUAGUAUGCAGUGCAGUAGAUAUUUUCUCUAUACUGGUAUUGUCUCGAUGUUAAAACACAUAAAAUUACUGAUAUCAAUGUCUGUAUGAUAAACAGAUUCAACAAUUUGCAUAAUUCACAGCUUUUUUGAAUCCUUCAUAGUUAUAUUUUUUCAUCUUGGUCGUCAAAUCAAGUUUAUGAACAAAGUAUUAUUAUGUCUCCAUUGUGAAAUCAUUCACUUUACGACGUUUUCAAAUAGGCUCAUCCAUUAGUAAUGGUGCUCCUUCAUUACUUCUAAAAUGUUUACAAACAUGAAACUAUAUUGAUUUUAGCAAAAUGUGAAGUAGAACCGCCGCUUGCCCACCUGUAAUUAGUGACCACCUAGUAUUGUGAAGUUUUUUUGUUCUAAUAAUUUUAUUCUUAUUUAUUUUAUUAACAAUAUGUUUGGUAAUGGAACUUGUAAAAUAACUGGUGUAUGUAGGUAAGCACUUCUCUGUGUAAGAUGCACACAGGCGUUGCUGGUAAGUGUACCGUAAAAGCAGUGGCGUUUUCAUAACGCAAUGAUAUUCACGUACUAAGUGCCACUCGACUGUAGCGAUGUCGCAAUUGAAUGCAACGUCGCUUUCUCUGACGUACAUUUGUAGUGAUAUUUCAAAAUAUCUAAUAUCCCAGCCCUUGUCUCUAUGUAACUACAACGCCUUUGUAGCUAUUCAAAUGACAAACAAGUAAUGUUAACGUCGACCGACUUGUAAAUAAAACAUUGAUUCAAUUA